UCAGCGCUCAUCUUCUAUGAGCACAUUGUGACUUUUCCUGAAGAGGUUCACGUCAUCUGGGGAGGCAGGUUGACCACCGUCACGGUCAUCUUUGCCCUCAACCGUUAUCUGCUCAUGGUACAAGGCAUAAGUUUCGCACUGGAUCCCAUCUGGUGGCAUACUCCACUGGUAAUCAUCAUCUUCGAUCGCAUCUGCCCGGCUGUAUCCGACCUGAUUGUGCUCCUUGUUACUUGGUUCAAAACAGCCAGACUCGCCAUAGAAGUGCGCAAUUUACGGUUCAGAGGAUCGAUUGCGACGGUGCUGAUGAGAGACGGU